CAUGUGUGUGCAUGUGUGUGUGUGUGUGUGUGUGUGUGUGUGUGUGUAUGUGUCAGUCAGUGUUUUUUCUGACACAAAGACAAGCAUGAAGCUUCAGACGGGAGCUCUACUACUGGUUCUACUCAUCCAGAAGACACACUUGACUUACUCAUAUGGCCUACAUGCGCCUGGGUUGGAGAUCAACGGCCAUCCAUCCACCUCCAUAUCUGACAUUAAUCUUAAUCCUAAUCCUCAUCUUAAUCCCAAUCCUAAUCUUAAUCCCAGCACAAACCUUCACCUGGUCCCAGAUUACUCCACCCAUCGUCACCCCCGCAGCGCCCCAGAAUCUAUUCCAGACGCCCCUACUCCAAUCGUCCUCGUGGACAACUACCUGGGUCCGGAGGAGUGUGUGAGACGGAAAUACACACACCUUUCGUGUAAGAAGGCCUUUUGCCCGUCGUGGAUGCGCUGUGAGAAUGGGACGUGUGUGUGUAAGAUGUCCUUCGAGUGCCCGCGUCACUCAGGCAGAGGUGUGUGCGGACUCAACGGCUGGAGGUACAGCAGCCACUGCGAGGCGCUGGCAGACAGCUGUCUCACAGGAAGUGCGACUUUCUCUCAUUUUGGGGACACGUGCAGUGCUGACAAUGUGUUCAGCACCUCUCUAAAGACAGAUAAACAGGUGGUUGAGGUGUUCCUGCCUAACAUCUCCAAGAAUGCGCUGGUGUGUGCCAAGGACUGGGACAUGGCUGCAGCCAACGUUGUGUGUCGUGACAAGAGUGGCAGAGGUGUGAUAACUGCUGCCAGUGUAUCAUUGUCUGAGGUUCAGACGGUGGAUGCAGGAUUGCCGAGCAUGUGUGUGAGGAUGCAGUGCACAGGGCACGAAUACUCACUGGCCGAGUGUAACAUCUAUGGUCAUAUGAAACCACUCACUCCCAAUGAUCAUGUCGCAUCAGUCCAGUGUGGAACAGAUGAUGCAGACAGUACUUGUGAGUUCAAGUGUGCAAAUGGAAGAUGUGUGAAGCUUGACAAUACAUGUGACGGAAUCAAUCACUGCGGAGAUGGCAGUGACGAGAUGUGCUGCAAAGCUUGUCGACGCUAUGGUUCCCACUGCCAGUCCAAUGUGUGUAUCCCUUUUCAUGCGGUUGGAGACGGAAUCAGGGACUGUCUCGGAGGAGAAGAUGACCUCAUCAAAAUGAACUUCCCCACAGAGCCAGUCAUCUCUACACCCAAGGAUGAGAUCAAGGCACUUCGGGACUCUCUGGAGGUGUUGGAGUGUGGCGUCCCAAAUCCGUCUGCUGGCGACAGCCAAGUGAUGAAGAGGAGGAGGAAGAGGAUAGUGGGAGGAGUUCCGACAGAGCCGACACAGAUCCAGUGGCAGGUGGCCAUUCAGGAGAAAGGGCAGAUCCAGUGUGGGGGGGCGUACCUGGGGGGCUGCUGGGUGCUGACCGCUGCCCACUGUAUCAGCCGUGCCGAACCGGAGGGGUACGUCCUGAAGUUCUCCCAGUGGCGCCGUCGCAGCGCACAGCCCACCACAGACGUUGCCGCGCUGGAGCAGGUGUUCAUCCACCCCGGCUACAACCGCUCCACCCACAGCAACGACAUCGCACUGCUCAGGCUGAAGAGACUGGGGGGCAGAACCGAAUGCUUGUCCUCCAGGAACCCCGCUGUCCGUCCCGUGUGCGUGCCCUGGUCCACACACCAGUUCCAGCCGGGUCACGUCUGCACCAUCUCCGGAUGGGGCCGCAGAGAAUACGGCAGGUUACCGGAUGUGCUGCAAUGGGCGAACGUGGCGCUGCUCGAUAACUGCCAGUCCUACCAUACAGAGGGGUUCCACCAGGGCAUGAUGUGUGCAGGUGAUGUGGACGGCCGUGUGGACUCCUGCCAGGGCGACACCGGGGGCCCGCUGGUGUGUAAGGACCCCAGCGGCGUGUCGUACGUGUGGGGGGUGGUGGGUCACCGUAACCGGUGCGGGGAGAGGGGCUCCCCAGGUUUGUACACCCAGGUGGCGCACUACUACGACUGGAUCCGAACCAUCACCGAGAACGCUGUUGCCAAGUACAACCAGUGAACCGGGGGUGCUGUUACUGAGGCCACACAUAGGACUGCAGCCAAUUAAAGGUGCGGUCCACGAUUCUGGAGAAAGCUUGUUGAUAUUUGCACUCAACAGCCAAUCAAAUGACACCCCUCCUGUCCGUGCUCCUGAUACAACAUGUUGAUUGGCUGGAAUUGUUUAUUGUUUAUUGUCUCGGUCCGAGCCACUAUAUCUGUUUCCCAUUUACAGUGGACUGUGUAUGAACAGACAACUAGAUGACUGUCAGGAGCAUUUGGUUGAAUUUGACAAAAAGUGUAUUACAUUUCAAACUACUCCUUUAACAUAACUUUAACAGAAACCUCAGUACAGGAGAACGAGCUUUGGAAGACUUUAUGUGACAUGUCAUGUAAAUACUCCCAUAAAAAAUCCCAUAUUUCUAAACCAA